GUCUCUAUGUGUGUGUUAGGAGCUGUCGGGUUAGAAUAAUAACCGAACUCCACUUUAGCGCGUUUACAACUGUAGAGACACAAAAAAUUAGCUCAACUUAAACCUUGAGUACCAGACCUUGAAGUCUGGCAAUUCAGAGCUAAAAGUGAAACAUUUUGUAGUAAAUUUGUUUCUAGUAUCGUGUAGAUUGUUGCCGAGUUAAAAAAUUUGAACUAUCGAUGUAAAUUGAAGUUUGUUAUAAACUAAAUAUUCAUUAUAUUUUAUGAGAAACGUUGAAACCUCAAAAAUGUUAGAUUUUUAAAUAUAGUUUGGUUUUCUGGUCAUUUGCUACUAGGUUAUAAGCUCAAAAGGGAGCUGCCACUGCGGUCUGAACCUCCUCCAGUGCGGUGAUUAUGCGGCCGGCUCUGCGUCUAUAAAACGCGGCUUCAGCAGAGCUCAGCCCAGGCUUUUGGGGGCGCAUUCCUCGGAGCUCUUUCGUCCUGUUUUCCCUGAUGGAGGGAAGCGGAGCUCCUGCUGAGGACAUCCUCCUCCGGCGUCCCUGGCUUCCCGUGAGCAUCAGUGGGUGCCAGCUCCUGGCCAAGAGCUGUUUCGGUGAGACGGCGUACCAUAUCCUGCUCACUGACAUGCACUGUGUGUGGGAGGAGAGGAUGGACACAGCAGACAUCCAGAGCAGAGCACAGGAGCUUAACAGGCGUUUGCGAGCCCCAGUCAAAGCCUUCUUCACUCACCUUUGUGAGGUGGUUAAGCCCUGCCUGGCGGGAGUCGGCAGCCAGACUGAAAACGAGGUUCAGAUCUCUCUGACGAGACAGGAGGACGGUAGCAUCAACAUGAGGCUGAAGAGCGAGCUGGCAGGGCUCCCUUUCCACUGGGAGUUUCACUGCACCCCUGCCCCAGUAGCUUUGGUGUGCAUUCAGCUGGUGCGCCCCCUGCUGACGAUGAGCCGCCUGCUGCAGCGGCGGGUGGAGCAGCUGGGAGGUCUGCUGGUGAGGAAGGACACUGAGAUCCAGGACUACAGAGAGAAUGGAGCCACGCUCAGCAGAGAACGGCUGCAGACAGAUGUUUUUGAGGAGCACACCCACAGAGAAGACUUCAUUGCAAAGGCUCUUCCUCUGCUCUGUUCUGAACAACAGGAAGCUCUGGGCUUCGAUGGCGAUCUUCAGGAGCUAUACGCCGCCAUCGUCACUCACGGAAGUGCACGAAAGCGCAAACUGUCGGAGCAGCACUCUGCUGAGGAGAUCGAACACGCCAACAAAGAGCCAGAACUCGUCUUAAACUCUUCAGCCGGCGGAUCUGUCAGCAGUGAAUCGGCUGAUGGGAAUGAAAAACAGACCAACAACGGGGAGCCGGAAACACGUGGAGCCAAGAUGGUCAACAGACCCAAAAUGCAGCAGUCUCUUCCUGUCACAUCCACCGCUGCAGAGCGACCGGCCUCCAAACCAAAGAAGAAGAAAGUGGGCCUGUUCAGAUGAUCUCGAGCAGUAGGACGCACACACAAUUACGAAAUUAGAAAAAGUGCCGUCCUUUA